UUAAACUCCCUUUUCAGAUUGCAACGAUUUGAAAUUUUCUCUCAAUUUCAGAUUAAAAAAUAUAUCUCUCAAUCUUCUUCUUCUUCUUCUUCUUCUUCUUCCUGUCCUUGUAAUUCAACUAUCAGGAAAGCCACAAAUGGGAGCGAAAACGCGGUCUCAAAACUCAUCAGAGCGUCAAAAGUGGGAUAAAGUCUUUGAGGGUUUAGUUAAGAUGCUUAAAACCCAGCAACAGCAGCUUGAAACUUUGGCUAAAGAAAGAAUUAUUCUCGAAGACCGGAUCAAGAUGCAAUAUGAACGGUGGGUCUCUGAUGUUCGCCUUUAUGAAGAUCACAUUUCUCAGAUGAAAAGUGAGUUGCAAACGGAAGAGAUGGCUCGUGUGGUUGAGGCUACAAAAGCCGAUAUGAUUGUAGGAUUGAAGCACAGAGAAGCUUUUCUUUGCAAAAUGAAAUUAGAGGAAACAGAGGAUGAAUUGAUUGAUUUCAGAGCCUGGUUUAACAUCCUCAGUAAAACUUCAAAAGGUAUUCCUCAAAGGAACCCCAUAGAAACCAAAAAAGCAACGUCGGGAGGCAAGCGUAGUGGUUCGAAGUCUGUUACAUUCGAGACAUCGGAAGAUGAUGUAAGAAGCCAAAAGCUUAUUGACAAAACUCUUGUUUCAGAAAAGAGUUCUCAAGCCACUGCACUUAUGGCCGAGAACAACUUUGCAUGGAAUCAGCUUAAUGUUCUGGAAAGUCAGCACAAGGAUAAAUUAAAUAGCAAGCAGUUUGAACUUGAAAAGGCUAACACGAAAAUUGAGGCACUGAUUUCCAAUAUGGAGGAGCUGAGGGCAUCUAAUGCUGAAAGGGAUGAAAUAAUUGAGAGAUUAAAAGCUGAAUUGUCUCGGAAGGAGGCUGAUGCAAGUAGAUUCCAAGAAGUUCCUAAAAUUUCGCGGAAGGUCGAAAUGUCUAGGAAGCCCACAAGUGCUUCUUGUACACCUGUAAUAAAACGUUGCGCAGCAGGUGGAAGAACUUCUGUUCUCAGAGGUAAGAAUGGCAGCAGAGAUAGGUGCAACAUUAUUCUGAAGACAGAGAACUCUGCCCUUAAUGUCACUGAUCAUAAGGACAAUGAAAAGGGAAGCAGAAGCUCAAAGAGAAAAAAAGAUGAUGCUAUACCCCUUUCUGAAACUCCAAAAUUGUUCACUUCUACAUUCAAAGUUCCCAGAUUGAAAGCCACCUGUCCCAACACAAGGUGACCUGCACUUAAUAGCUUGCUCUUCCAUGUAUUUUUAGUUUAUUAAGUUGUAAUCUUGGCAGUUGUAUUAGCUCCAUUCCCUGGAGCAAGUGGUUUGUGUAUUGUUAUGAACAAAAAGAAUUGUGUUUGUGUAUAACCAAUGACCAUUUGUACAA